GGUUUUGCGGUAGGGAAGGACUCGAGGAUCGGACCCAAGUUUCUGAACGCUAGUGUUGGUUUUGGCGGCUCAUGCUUCCAAAAAGAUAUUCUAAAUCUUGUCUACAUCUGCGAGUGCAACGGUCUUUCUGAGGUUGCCGACUACUGGAAGCAGGUGAUUAAGAUCAAUGACUACCAGAAGAGCAGAUUUGUGAACCGGGUAGUCUCCUCCAUGUUCAACACUGUUUCUGGAAAGAAAAUUGCAGUGCUAGGUUUCGCAUUCAAGAAAGACACCGGCGAUACGAGGGAGACUCCGGCGAUCGAUGUCUGCAAAGGUUUGCUGGGCGAUAAGGCGGCGAUCAGUAUCUAUGAUCCCCAGGUGACGGAGGAUCAGAUUCGGCGCGAUCUUGUGAUGAACAAGUUCGAUUGGGACCAUCCGAUUCACCUUCAGCCAAUGAGCCCGACUUCUUUCAGAGAUGUGGUUGUGGCGUGGGAUGCGUAUGAAGCUACGAAGGGAGCCCAUGGAGUGUGUAUCUUGACGGAGUGGGAUGAGUUCAAAAAGUUGGAUUUUCAGAGGAUUUACGAGGGAAUGCAUAAGCCGGCUUUUUUGUUCGACGGACGCAAUGUGGUGGAUGUGGAGAAGCUUAGGGCUAUUGGCUUCAUUGUGUACGCAAUUGGCAAGCCUCUGGAUCGUUGGCUCAAGGAUAUGCCUGCUGUGGCCUGAUGUCAGAGAAUUAGGAGGAAGGGGGAAGCAUUGGAAGGAUAAACAAAUUGGAUUCAAUAUUUUUCUUUAUACUUUGUUGUUUUGAUGAUCUCAUAGAAAUUGGUUUGUCUUUUUUUGCUUUUGAUUACAA